CCAUAAUUUCAAAACUCCAUUCCAAUCUCUCUCUCUACUCUUUCUCUCUCUGAUGAAGAAUACGAAGCAUCCGAAGCAUCCCUAAUUUUUCUCGCAUACGAAGCAUUCGUCCUUUUUUGUUUAGAAGCAUUCGAGUCUUUAUUCGUUUGAGUCUUCCUCGAUGAUUUCGACUGCUCGAGUGCAACUGCUUUGAGUUUCUGAACAGCAAGAGAAUAUCUUGGGCGCCGACGAACAGUUACAUAAGACGAUUUAGGUGUUUGUUUAGAAGCAGUGAAGAAUUGGGGACAAGAAGACUCAAAUUUGGAACUAGGUUUGUUUGAAGAUGGUGUUGUGGACUUUUAUCUAAUGUGUGUCAUUUUGCAGAGAUUGUUGAACCUAUUCUUAUGCGGAAUAUGACCUUAAGUAAGAACAAAUAGAGCUGUUUGGGGACUUUUAAACAAGACAAUUAUUAGUGCUGGUGAGGAUGCUGUGAUUAGAAUUUCAGAUACAGAGGUGGGUGAGUCAAUAUCGUUGUUCGAUAUCAACAAUCGAGAUGGCUGAUUCAAUGUUUCAAGUUGUCGCAGACUCUGGUGCGAAGGUCGUAGUUAGUGGAGCGGUUAUCAGAGAGAUGGCUCUGCAUUUUUGUGAGCUUUACAAAAUCACAGGUUUGUUAUUAAGAACUCUUAUGUUUAAGGUUAUACAAGUUGAAGUUCAAUCUUCUCAUUUGAGUACUACCGAGGACUUCCAUACAUCUGGUGCUUUAGAUGUAUUGAAAACAAUCAGACUGGUCAACAAUAAGCUGGUGGUAAUUACAUCAAACAGGAUACAUAGAAGAAUACGAUCAAACAACUUACAAAGAUGGUUAAAAAGAGUAAGCAUCUGGUAGCAUUUACCAGUGCAGGAAUAUCAACUUCUUGUGGAAUACCUGAUUUUCGAGGCCCUAAAGGAGUGUGGACUCUUCAGCGCGAGGGAAAAGGUGUGCCUAAAGCAUCAUUGCCUUUUCAUCGUGCAGCACCGAGUGCUACUCAUAUGGCUUUGGUUGAACUGGAACGCGCUGGUAUUUUGAAGUUCGUUAUCAGUCAGUUGGUGGAUGCUUCAACUUUAAAGAAAGAAGUCGCCGAAGGUGUUGACUUGAUGGUUAUGAGGGAACUUACAGGAGUCACUUUGGAAAACCAAGGGGAUUUGGAACCAAUGAAAAUGGUGAGGAGAUUGGGUACAACACCGAGGUUUAUGCGGCCUACGAGUAGAAAACUUUGUUCCGUUGACAAAACAAAUGUCAUCGAGGCUCGGGAGAAAUUUCUGUCCUUGAAAAAAGGCACCAAAAGUGAUAUAGCUAUAGUUUUGGAGGAGGAUCUUCAUAAUGCUAGGGCUUCUUUUGAGCAAGCUCGAUUCAAUCUGCAGAUGCACGUUGAGGCUAUCAAAACAACAAAAUUGCCCUAAUCCUCAGGUCUUUAUCAAGUGAAGUAUGCGGACGAUAUGUUGGAUCAAGGUAUCAAAUUGGCGUCUACCACUUUGGCGAGAUUGAGGCAGGGUCUUGCGAAAGCUGGAAAGGGCUCUGUUUACGAUGAGCUUUUGAAGAAAUGGAAGCUUCAAGAAGUUAGUUGCUCAUGAGCUUUUUACAGUGCUUUAAAGAAUCUGCUCCUCCCAAUGACAAAGAUUCAACAUCUGCUACUGCAAAGGUCUGCCAAAGCCAAAGUCUGCCAAAAGUGAACAUCUGCUUGAAGAUAAAACCUGCUGAUCCAAAGGUCUACCAAAGUGAUCCUCUACUGAUGAAGACAAAGUCUGAAGAAGCAACGGUCUGCUACGGCUUAACAGAUGUUAAAGACCAACAGAUGAUAUUCAACAGAUGUUGCUCAACAGAGGUUAACAAUGUACCAGUGCUUAGGCUAGUAGCAGAUGUUAGGAGUUUAUUAGGUUGUUUGAUCGUAGUUAAGGUUUGUUGAAAGUCAAGUUGUAUUGCAUGUAUUGAUUUUUUUUCAAAGUAAAGAUUUUAAAUUUGUUAGUAUAUUCA